CGGUAAAAUUACGCUCGUAAAUUUCGAACGAAAUCUCGUACUAUAGUUCAUUCAGCAAUGACGAUAGGGUGCAGUGGAGGGGGUAAACGGAUGCUUAGCUUACUGAUGCGAUGAUCGUCGGCCUCCUGUGACGCUGCCUGAUCAGACAAUCGCUUUAUCUAGAUAUAUGACAGCGGUAACCGGAGAUCGUCGUCCAGUCGUUUGGAUAAGAUAGCGCCGAAUUCGUCGAGGGAAACGUUGCACGGCACAGCGACGCGUCGAGUUCGUUACCGACGGAUCCAGUUUCGGCUACGGCGAGAACGCGUCGCGUCGGUAAGAAGAACAGUGUAGGUGCCACGGAGGGGUGUACGUUGAUAAGUAGACCAUGGAUUCUGUGCACUUAUGUCGUUAAUUAGUUAAUUAAAAAACAGCGAGAACUUUUUCGAGGCGUCGAAAAAUACCGUUGCGAAUAUCGCAACUUAUUAAAAUGAUCGAACGUCUUCGCAGCCUCUGUGUCCUUCGAUCGGACAAUAUUUAUUCAGCAUAAAAAAUCGCAGUUUAUUGAAAAGUGCACCGACGAAUUUAUCGGAACCAUCGAACCUGUCCACGUCGCAACAAUAAAUGAGAAUAAAAUGUUUUCGAAGACAACAAUUUAACGGAAUAAUUGCGAUGAUAUCGAAUGUUAUUUUUUAAACGGUUUUUAGGAAUUUUGUUUAAAGGAACUGUUACACUUUUUGCGUUACCUUUUGGCACGUAUAUUCGCGAGUGUGUUUGAGUUAGAUAUUAAAUUUUAGUAAAUAAUUUUUGUUGGAACUCUGUUUUUAUUUAUUCAUUACGAAUUAUUUUUACACGAGGCAGCGAAAAAUGGUUGCUAGAUAAGUUGGCAGCCGGAUGGUCGAUCGAGAUUCGUCGAUUGUUUUUAUCGGAUUUGUGACAUCGAUCUAGAAGCUGAUAAUCGAAGGCGACAUGUCGGAUCCGGCUGACGGCGCAGCGAAAUCGAAGGUCACGGAUCCUCUGUUGAUGGAGCUUGACAAGCUUGGCAAUGGGUCGCAGUUUCUGUGGAUGAUCUUCAUCUUCACGCUAAUUCCGACGAUAUUCAACGGAAUGUACUCGAUGUCGUACAUUUUUAUCGCCGAGGUUCCCGACCAUUGGUGCAAACUCCCGGAGCUAAACGUAUCUUGGACGAACGAGCAAGAAAGGAACAUUUCCUCCGCCUCGCCGUGUACCAUGUAUAACUAUGAUUAUCGGAUCUUCGAUAACAAAACAUUCGAGGAAGCUUUAGAAUACAAGGAUCAUCAUGAGUUGCCAGACGAGAUAGCUUGCCCACUGGGAAUAAGCUUUGAGACCGCAAUUGAUCGGACCACGUUCGUCGAAGAAUGGGCCUUGGUAUGCGACAAGAGCGCAGCUCGCGCGAGCGCCCACAUGAUACUGUCCCUCGGGAAGCUGUUGGGCAGCGCCGUUUUCGGUACUUUCGCCGACAAGUAUGGCCGCAAGAUCAGCUACGUUAUUGGCGUAAUAUUAUUAAUAAUAUCCGGCCCGGCCGGCGCUCUCGUCCCGUGGUACUGGGCUUUCAUGAUCUCACGGCUCUUUAAUGGAGCCAGCCACGCAGCGAUCCAGUAUUCGGCGUUUACGACACUUACAGAAGUCGCCAGCGAGAAGCACAGACAAUGGAUGGGCAUCGCUUACAACAUAGGCUACGCCAGUGGAAUCGUGAUCGUAGCGGGCGUCGCUUAUUUCAUAGUCAGCUGGCGAUGGUUGCAAUUGGCGAUUUCCUUGCCGGCGCUGUUGCUGCUGAUACCGCUGUGGAUCAUGCCAGAGUCGCCCAGAUGGCUGAUAACGCAGAAUCGUCGCAGCGAGGCGAAGAAUCUGAUCGAGAAAGCGAGCAAAAGAUCGUCCGUCGAGUCUGCGACGCUAGAGACAUCUUUGUCGAUGCAGAGACAGGAUUUGAAAGAUUCGAGGAGCUCGAUCAGGGGUAGCCAGGACUCCGACAAGGAACGACUGGGAAAAAAUAUUGAAGGCUUUCGCGUGCUUCUAUGUAACGGCGAAUUACGGAACAGACUAAUUAUCACGAACUUCAACUGGAUGACUGCCUCGCUCUCCUAUUAUGCGCUCGCGUUGAAUCUGAACAAUUUCUCCACGAACAAGUACAUCUCCGUUCUCGUCAUGGGGCUGACCGAAAUACCGGCGUACCUGAUACCCACUCCCAUAUUGAUGCUCAUGGGACGGCGUCCGGGAUGCGGAUAUUUAUACAUCAUCGCAGCCAUUUGUUUGCUCAGCAUCCUGGCGAUAUCGACGGCAGAGGUGAACGCCAUCAUGACCGUGUCUCUGAUCGGACGGUUCUGCGCGUCCGCCGCCUAUGGAAUUGCUAUCCUGUAUAGCUCCGAACUUUUUCCCACGGUGUGCCGAAAUUCCGCGGUCGGAACGAAUUCAGCGAUGUCGCACGUCGGAAGCAUAGCCGCGCCUUAUGUGGCCGAGCUGUUGGGCGCCGUCCUGUGGUGGGGGCCCACCACUCUUUGCGGCGUUUUCACCCUAAUAGCCGGCCUCCUGUGCUUAAUAUUGCCGGAAACCCGCGGCAGACCCCUGGCGAACACGGUCGAGGAGGAGGUCAGGAGAGACCGGGAGAAUGUCUCGUUGCGCAACAUCUGCAAAUGCGCGUGAACAACUGUUCAACGUACUCGUAUUAACCGACGCGCAAUUAUUCCGUGUCGGUGGACUUGCGGAUCGUGCGCAUCCGCGACCGAUAACGUGUCGAAUUUCAAACGAAACUCGAGAAGUAUUAUUUUCAAUUUUAGGAUCGUUCGAAGAUCCGUCAGUCCACUCAUUUACGUCUGUAUUUAAGGUCGUCGACGUUUCUCCGAACAUUGUAAAAGCCUUUGACAAAAACUGCGAUGUUUUGUACGUUGCGCUAGAUUUAAUAGUGAUUUUUAUAUGAUCUGACUUGUACGCGUAAGUCCGCCUGAAAAUAUCGAUCCUCCAGUGAAAAUAUAUCUGCCAUUGUACAGUC